AUGUUAAACAAGCCUUAUUUGACUUCAAAAUCUAACAAUUAUUAUUCCUCUAAGAUGUUGGCUACUAAUGAUGUCAUUAAAUCUCAGUAUGAUAAACAAUCUAUUAAUUCAUGGCUUCCGUUGCCACAUCCAUGUGUAUUCACAUCGAAUUGGUCAUCUCUUCAUUUUGAUUUAAUUAAAAAUUAUCCAUUAUCUUGUUUACAUUCAAAACAUACAUCUGAGUCAAAUUCCACAUUAACACUAAAAGAAUCCUGUUUCAAUGUUCAUAAACUAGGAUCUAUGUCAAAUGAAUCAACCUUAAACAAUGAUCAUUAUAUAGAAGUGAAUGAAGAUUGUGAAACAGAUUCAAAUAUGAUUCAAAAUGAAAACAGUACAAAUGAACAACUUAAUGAAGAAUAUGAAACUCUACCAGAAGUAAAGAAACCAAUAUUAUCAACUAAUAAAAGUAUAACUAAUAAUUAUAUAACAAUUAAAAAAUUUACAAUUCGUGAAACAACAAAUUUAUUAAAAACAUGGUUAAAUAAUCAUCGUCAUAAUCCAUAUCCAACAAAAAAUGAAAAAAUUAAAUUAUCUAUUAUAACUAAUUUAAGUUUAACACAAAUUUCAACAUGGUUUGCUAAUGCUAGAAGAAGAUUAAAAAAAGAUAAUCAAAUGACAUGGAUACCAAAAAUACGUCAUCAUAGGAUAGUAACUAAUACUAAUAAUAAGAUACAAAUUUGUCAAAAACAGGGUGGUGGUGGUGGUGGUGAUAAUAAUAAUAAUCAGAUUAAUAUGGAUCAAUUAUCACAAACGAAAUCUCAAUUAAAAUCACCAAUAAUAAGAGAUUGUUUAAUUAAUCCAUUCAAUACUAAUCAUCAUCAUCAUCAUCAUUCUCCUCAUUUGACAUCAUUCAAAAAUCAAUUAAUUUUGAAAUAUUUUUUAAAUAAAACGACCCAGCAACAAGGACAAGACGAAGAAGAGCAACAACAACAACAGCAACAACAAGAACUACCAUCACCACAACAAGAAUGUCUACAAAUCAAAGAGAAAUUCAAUAAUAAUAAUAAUGAUCAGAUCAAUUUAUCUAAUGAGAAUUCUAUAAUCAAUAAUGAUCAUCAUAACAAUGAUUAUCAUUUAUGGUAUAAUGAUUAUCAUACUAAAUUAAUCCAUAUAAUCAAUCAAUUAAAUUGUGAAAAUAUGGAUCAAUAUCCAUUAUUAUAUGGAUCAUUAUCUAAAUUAAUUACAAAUACUACUACUACUACUACUAAUGAUAAUAAUAGAAUCAUAAGAGAUGAUCAAACAUCACAAUUAUGUAAUCGUUCAUCAAAAAUAUGGUCAGUUGCUGAUGUCAUCGAUGUAUAA